AUGGGCGCCCUCAACCUCGCCGAAUGGCACAAGCUGCCCGUCUCCCUCAAAGAACUGUGCAUCAACACCAGUCUCCGCUGCGGCCAAUCCUUCCGAUGGCGCAAGAGCGAUGCGGGCGUCUGGUCCAUGGCCCUACACAACCGCAUACUAUGUCUCCAUCAGGAUCCGGAAUACCUCCACUACAAGUCAAUACCGCCGUCGGCACUACAGACCCCACCUACACCGCCAAGCUCGAAUCCGCCGUCGGUUGCACCCGAGACGAACGAUGAUACCCUUGACCUCCUGAAGCACUACUUCAACCUUACGCCGAACCUGACAGAACUAUACCAGCAAUGGUCAGCAGCAGACGCGAACUUUGCCAAGAAGGCGCCAAAGUUCGCUGGCGUACGAAUACUGAAGCAGGACGCUUGGGAGGCAUUAGUGGGCUUCAUAUGCAGCAGUAACAACAACAUCAUACGGAUCAGUCAAAUGAUACACAAGCUUUGCAUAAACUACGGCCCCUUACUCGGCCACUUCGAAGGAGAACCCUACCACGAUUUUCCAGAGCCUGAGACACUCGCACAAGAAGGGGUAGAAGCAAAACUACGGUCGCUAGGAUUCGGGUACCGAGCAAAAUACCUCGCGACGACGGCACGAAUUGUCAGUGAGAAGCCGAAGGGAUGGCUAGAGUCUCUCCGCAACCCCGAGUCGCCUCUCCUUGGCGCAAAAGCACUCCCAGCAGGCGAGUGGGCUCCAGAAGGUCGCGAAGGCUAUCGAGAAGCCCACGAAGCGCUCCUGGAACUUCAAGGCGUUGGUCCCAAAGUCGCCGACUGCGUCUGCCUUAUGGGUUUAGGCUGGGGUGAAGCAGUACCAGUAGAUACCCACGUCUGGCAAAUCGCACAACGAGACUACAAGUUCGGCAAGGGCAAGCAUGCUAGCUUGACGAAAGCGACGUACGAUGCCGUGGGAGCGAAGUUCAGGAGUCUAUGGGGCAAAGAGGCGGGCUGGGCGCAUAGUGUGCUUUUUACUGCGGAUUUGAGGGCGUUUGGUGAGAGAUUGGUUGCUAAAGUUGAGAAGAAGGAAGAGGAUGUUGAGGUUAAGGUAGAGGAGGGCGAGGAGGUGGAGACGGUGGUUGAGAAGGAGGUGAAGGUGGUGGAGAGGGGAAUUAAGCGGGAGUUUGAGGAGGGUGAGAGGAAAGUGCUGGAGGUGGAAGGAAAGGUUGUGAGGAAGACGAAGCGGAGGAGGAAGGUGUAG